GCGCGGACUGGUGGAGGCGCGUACCAGCUGCUGGAGCUCGGGUCGCUGGCUACCUCCGCCACGCACGUGCAGCCCCUGCCUUGCUCUGAGCAUCUGCCCCGCCGCCGCUUUGUUGCCUGUAGGUUGCCGGCACCAUGCACGCGCCGGGCUCCGUGGGUACCGGAGAGACGCGCGCGGUGGAUAUCAUGGACAUAUGUGAGUCCAUCCUGGAGAGGAAGUGGCAUGACAGUGAAAGAUCCACGUGCAGCGUCUUGGAACAGAAUGACAUCGAAGCUGUCGAGGCUCUUGUCUGCAUGAGCUCCUGGGGUCACAGGUCCCAGAAAGGUGACCUGUUAAAGAUAAGGCCCCUCACACCUGUGUCUGACUCUGGGGAUGUCACCUCCACCGUGCAUGUAGAUGAAGGCACCUCGGAGCUGCUGAAGGACUUCCAUUCUUUAUCCACACUGUGCAUGACUCCUCCUCUUAGCCCUGAUCUCAUGGAGCCAUCGACGGGGACACUUGCUCCUUCCCAGGUCGGUGAUUCCAAAGCACACACAGCCAUGGCCAUCCCCCCAGCCUGUGCUGCCGCAGCCCGCUUGCCAAGCAGGAGGGAGGAGAGCCUGCCUGCGUCCAAGUCAGAGCCGGGGCAGCCAGCCCCUGGCCCCGACUGCAAGGCUGUGGUGACCGGUGUCAGCCACCUCGCCACAGGGAGUCCUGCCCCCGUCCACAUUUCGACCACCCAGACUCAAGCACGCGAACCUUCAGAUGACAGAGAAGGAGAGGCACAGCCUCUGGGACAUCCUGAGGCUUCGCAGGGCACACACCUCAAAGACAAUUUACUCAGCGUGAGCUCCGUGUCCUGCCCGCCUUGCUCAAAUAAGUCUGAUGACCUCAGUGCCCCCGACAAAGGCCAGCAGGGAGGCUGGCCAGUUACGGUUCAGACCUGCUCACCAAAGAAUUAUGAAAAUGACUUGCCAGGGAAAGCCCCUCCUCUGAUUUCUGUCCCUGUCCCCAGCACCCCUGUAUUUUGCCAAAUGAUUCCUGUGACUGGACAAAGUGGCAUGUUACCAGCGUUUUUGAAGCCACCUCCCCAGGUGUCUGCAGGGACUGCAGCGCCCAUCCUGCCCUCCACUGCUCCGGUGCCCCCGCCUGUGUUCGUGGGCGCCCCCGUGCCUCCCGGAGCUGUGAUGCUGGUCCUGCCCCCGGGGGCGCUCCCGCAGCCCGUCCCGGGCUCCCCGACUGGCUUCCUGGCGGCCGGGAACAGCAGGUUGUUGCCGCUCGCCCCAGCCCCUGUGUUCAUCGCCUCCAGCCACAGCUGUGCCCCUCGGGUGGACUUUUCCCGAAGGAGGAACUACGGUUGCAACUUUCCAGGCUGCCGGAAAACCUACUUCAAAAGUUCCCACCUCAAGGCUCAUCUCCGCACCCACACAGGAGAGAAGCCUUUCAGCUGUAGCUGGGACGGCUGUGACAAAAAGUUUGCUCGUUCAGACGAACUGUCCCGGCACCGCAGAACGCACACCGGGGAGAAGAAGUUCGUAUGCCCGGUGUGUGCGCGGCGCUUCAUGCGCAGCGACCACCUGACCAAGCACGCCCGGCGCCACGUGACCACCAAGAAGACCCCGGGCUAGCAGGCGCGGCGGGCAAACGGAGCGGCACGGCCUCAGCGGAGGAGCCGGGACCCGCCGGCGGCGAGCAGGCCAGUCUCUGCCUGACUGGGUGGCUGGAGUCGCCCGUGGGAAUUUUAAAGACUUUUCAGGAAAGGACCAAUGGUUUUCUCUCCUAAAAUCAUUGUCUGGGGAGCUCAGGAGAAGCAGGGGCUGGUUCUGAUGAAAGUGUGUUGACUGUGGUUUGGUUGAGAUCCUGGCCCGUCUCUGGAGUAGUCGAAGGCAAUGGAGGACAGUUUGACCAUCUAAGUCACCAGCAUUCAUGCAAGCACAGUGGCAAUCAGAUUUACGAGGUCUGGAUUUUUACUGCCUUUCUAUUCACAUUUUGUAGAAUUGAGACAGGGUAUAACUUUAUACUGUUUUCUAUGAAAAUAUUUAAAUUAUUGGUACUCAGAUCACCAAUUUCUAGAUAGAUGAUUUUACAGUCAUCUUUUCAAUGUUUAAGCAUGUUUUUAUAAUAAUCCUACUUUUUAGUAACUGUGGCCCAUCCUUCAGCCAAAAAAAAAAAAAAAAUCACAGAUUUGUAAUCAGGCCUUUUAGCUCUAAAGGUUUUUUCGAAUCAGAACUGGCCGAUAGGGGUCCCUAAAAGACAAGGAAGAGGGGGGACUUCACAGUCAGCUUCUUCACCACAUUUCCAAGGAAUAUUCCAGGCAGCCAGUCCUUUACAGCUGUGGCCUGAGGAAUUAAAAUUUUGGUUAAGCAGAACUAGUCACCCGUGUCCAUGAUGUGACUGGCGGAGACUGCACCCAGAGGUUGGCUUAAAAACGUGCGACAGGCAGACCCACUGCGAGCAGGGCGCGUCUCCAGGCCCGGAGUGCCCUCUGCUCGCGGCAGGCACACCGUCCGCCCGUUUCCUGUUUGUGCCUCAGACACCAAAAAUAGAGGGACCCUCAGCCGCCAGCCCAGCUGCUUUGUCAAUUGUUAGUUGACUCCUUGUCUUGUGGCCUUAUCCGCAGUAUUUGGUAGGUGGAGCAGCAACUUCUUAGAGAAGAAGAAAGCACAGCUUUAUUGGUUGGAGGAACUUCCCGCCCAAGAACAGCUUUGCACUUUGCACACAGAUGGAGGUGGCCCAGCGCUCUGCUUCCUUUAUCUGUCAACAGCGGGAGGAAGUGCAAGUUAUGCUGAAUGGCAGUCAUCCUACCCAGCGGCCCCUUCAUUCAAGUUUGAAGGACGUGGUUUUGAUCAAGCAGAACUACUUGGAAUGGGGGUGUUCUGCACACUGACAGAAAACAGCGGGCGCUGCUUGGAAGCUGGGUGAGCACAGGUCCUCGCUCCGCAGCGGCUAUACCCUGCUGGCCGGAGCUGCUGGGACCGCCUUCCUCUGGCGGCGCUGGGAACCCAGGCCACAGAAUGCAAGGCAGGAACACAGAGGUGGUUUUCAUUGCGCUGUGUACAUGUGUUUAGGUUUUGUCUCAGCCUCUUAAGUUUCUGGCAUUUGCCUUUAUUAAAAUGAUGGCAAAGUAAAAUGGCGAGUAAGUGUAACUAGGUUGUGUGUUCAGGUCUUUCAAGUCUGAUGCCCCUCGCCUGGUCGUUUGUCAGUUGUUAGUUGAUGCCGGGUAAGUUGCCUUUUACUAAAAGUCAGUCACCACAUGCAGGUCUUUAAGUGCCAGCUGUGUGUUUAGGAGGCUGCCCGUGUUGUGGACACUUGCUUAGUUUAGCAUUCCUCCUGGUCGCGAGACCCAGGACAGGGGAAUUACUAAUAAAUAAUUAGACAUAACGCAGCUUGCAUUUCCUCGGCCACCCUUUCCCUUCUCUCCCGCUCUGGUCGUAAAGCAGCAUAGACAUUUCUGUGUGCGUGCCAUUUAGAUCAGGGUAUUGCUCUUGGUUACACAACAAUGUUAGUCCCGUUAACGCGGUGGGUAACACACGGCCUCUGAGUACUGGGUGGCUGGUCGCCCUGCAUUUCACUCUCUGAGCAGCGUUUCUGAAGAACAGAUAUGUGAAAAGUGGCUUUGAUGUACACUUCCAUUUCCUGAUAAGAUUUAGCAAUGCCUUCUGUAAACAAUUUUUUUUUUUUUUUGCCUUCUCUUUGCCCACUGAAAGCUGCAAGUUGGGAACCAGUGUUGUCCGGAGAACUCUGUCCUGAGGCCCAGGGCCCCGAGGCUCGUUCUGCGAGGACGCAGAACAGACACAGAGCAGGUGGCGGGGCCCGGGCGCUGGGGCGGGGCUCCUGCCGCAGGGCCCUCAGUGCACUUUACUUCCUGAGCAAUUGCGCUUGAUCUCUGUUGACUUAGAGCCUUUUUAAUAGUUUUAGUAAUAAAGUUUAAAAUGUUUUGGAAUUAUGGUCUAUGUAACAGCCCUGUGACUUAUUAUUUAAA